AAACAUCGCACCCGCGCGCGCGCUCUUUCCUUCGCUUCUUCUGUAUUCGUAUCAUUCUCGUCCAUCGACUUUCAACGCCAUGGCCCCUCCGCCGAACCCCGAUCUUCCUAUCCAGGAGAGGCUGAUUGCCCUCGCCAAGACCCUGCAGUUCGCUUGGUUUGUUGGACACAUGACCCUAAUUAUUACCACAAUUCGAUAUGGCUUCUCUUGGCUCCGAAUGAACUAUUACUCGGGUAUGGCCCAGUUCUCGUAUCGGACUGCCUUCGUCGCCGCUGCUGCCACCUAUGGCAUUGUCGUCUACAAGACUCUGCGCGCGCGAGCAAAGACUGGCGCUCGCCCUGCUCCUAGCCCUCUGGCCCUUCUUUCCGAUGAGAACAUUCAGUACCUCACUGACAAUUUCCCAGUCAUGGCCCUUGUGUGGCUCUUUACCCCCCAGUACCCCCUCGCUCUGCUCCCCUACUCGAUCUACUCGGUGUUCCACGUUGCUACCUACACCCGCGCCAACCUGAUUCCCACCCUCCUUGCGCCCAAGACUGAACCCCAGCCCGAGGGUUCUUCCCCCAGCCGCCGACCUGUGGUUAACAGCCCACUCGCUGACCAGAUUGGUGCUUUCGUCAAGGAGUACUACGAUGCUUCCAUGUCCAUUGUCUCGUCGCUCGAGAUCCUUCUCUGGUUCCGCAUUCUGCUGUCAGCCAUCUUCUUCCAGCGCCGAUCUUGGAUUCUGAUUGUCCUCUACACUGCCUUCCUGCGUGCUCGCUACACUCAGAGCACCCACGUUCAGAACUCGUUUGCACAGCUCACCACCCGCGUCGACUCUCUGGUCGCUUCCCAGGGAACUCCCCCCGCCGCGCGCCAGGCUUGGCAGACGGCCAAGGAGGCUGCCAGGCAGUUCCAUGAUGCCACCGAUGUCGGUAAGUACGUCAGCGGUCCGGCCAAGAAGACCUCAUAAGGCAGGAUGCGCAAUCGCGCGACUUGGACAUGUACGGAGAUGCACAAAGCCAAUGUGCGCCGUCGAAAGAAGCUACACAUGCUUCAACGAGACAUGACAAUCUAAAAAGAGGACCACGACGCUACGAGUUGGAUCCGGGCUGUCAAUCAGCCACUACGCAAAGGCGAUUCCAGGUCCAUGGAACAAGAGACAAGGAUUAGACGUUACGUCCUGGGAAUCGCAAGUUUGAGGCACGGUCAAGCGAUGGAGAAAAGCCGUGUCUUUGUGUCAAUAGUUUUGUUUUAUCCUAUACUGGGGGACUUUUCUUGUGCGACUGUUCCCACGUCUGUCUGUUGGAGGAGUUUGGUGGGCUGAGCAUUUCGGCUUGGUUCGACAAGCAAAGGAAGCUGGUUUGGACUUGAUCGGGCUGGGACGUCAAUGGGAGGAACAAGGACGAAGACGGGGAGGAGACUGAACUAGGUCAGGGGUUGCGGGAUGGAUUUUCCUGGUGUUAUUAUAACUCUGCUGCAUUGAAUUUCAAGUUAUCGUGCUAUUCGUUGAUCA